AUGGGCGACAUCCAAGCCGCGGCACCGACAGCCAUGCAAGCGGCCGCAGAGACAGCUCUACCGCCGGCGGACGUGUGCGUGCGGAUGUGCUACAACAGUUCUGAAGCUCUUGCCGCACAGCGAUUCCGCCGUGGCCGAUUCGGUGGCGGCAGUAGCUGGAAACGACGACUGCAUGUGCAGGCCGCCGGGAAUCACCCAGCUGCACGUAUACGGGUGGGCCACGGGCACGUAGAACGGGGGCACGGAUGCAGCGGCCAUCAGUGA